AUGGAAAGGGCUUGCACGAUACUCAUUCCCAAGCCCGGGAAGGCCCCCAACAUCGAGAAUCUCAGGCCAAUUCCUCUAACCUCGCGCGUCGGCAAGGUCACGGAGCGCGUCAUCCUCAACAGGCUCAACGGGUACCUCGAAGACAACGAGGUUUCCACGCACAACAUGACCGGCUUCCGCGCCGGACUCUCAACGCAGGCUGCCAUGAAACUAAUGAAGCAUCAGAUUGUGCAUGGCCGUUCCAGAGAUGUCAAGGCUCUGCUCGAUCGGGACCUCGAGAAGGCUUCCUACAACGUGCUCCACACCUUCAUCGUCAAGACCAUUUCUGAGCUUUGUCUCGGUUACAGAUACCACAGCUACGUCAGUUCUUUUCUUACGGACAGGAAAGCCAAGCUUCGCAUUGGAGGCUUCCGCUCAGAAGGUGUGAACCUUGGAGGGGGGUCACUCCUCAGGGCGCGGUAA